AUGCAGUUAAUCCGCCAUAUCGAGAAGCACGAGGACUUCUUCCUCCCUAGUGCUGACGACCUUGCUUUCGGCAUUCACGACAAGCUUUACGGUAAGGAAAGCUCUUUAGCCUUUUCAGAGGUUGAAGUUAGGUUUCCUGCAACAGAGAUUCAGCAGGGAAUUCUCACUGAAGAUGUCCAAUGGGCGGAAGUUGAACUUUUUGCUGGGAAGCCAUCUUCCUUUGGUCUCGAGAACAUCUUCAAUGCUUGGAACUCUCUAGCCUCACACCAUAUCUGCCUGAGAUCCUACAUCACGAACGAUACCGACUCAGGCCAACCGCAAGUCGUAGUUCUCCGCAGGGUCGAGGGCAUCCGAUGGGACCAUCCUGACAAGAACCCGGAUGAAGACAAUCAGACUCCAGCUUAUGUGACUGUUAAGAGCACUCGCCGGCGAGAUGCUAUCAGCCUGGUACUUCACUUUCAUCGUGCUCUGAUCGAUACAACGUCUUUGCACAUGAUCAAGCUCGACUACGCUCUUCAAGUCCAUGGGCUACCCAGCCUCGAGACUGCAGGAUUUGCCACAUAUAUACGAUAUCUCCACCAUCAAAGACAGAAUAUUGGAGCUUCGAAGGCUUUUUGGACUGAAGCCCUGUCCGGCCUCGUCCCCCGAUCCGUAUUCAGUGUUCACUCUGAUGAAUACACUCAAACUACCGCCAGAGGUAGACAUGGUGUCAGUGCUGUUAUCAGUGGACCGGAUUUAACGCAACUCAAUGAUCUUGAAGCUCACCACGGCCUGGGCUCUUGGCGUCAGACAUUCUUCGAGGUCGUUUGGGCAUAUGUGAUAAGCACUCAUACCGGCUCUGCCGAUGUCACUUUCGGUACGGUUCGCCGGGACGAGAGUUUCAUCGGCUCAAAUAACUGCGUUGGAUGUGUUGAUCAAACAUAUCCUGUCCGCUUCCAUGUCGACAGCGAUGGGGGCUUGAAUAUCGGUGAAUCCUCCAAGACUCUCGACGGCUAUCACAGUCAAGCUGGUCGCCAUGCCUUUGUAGGACUCGAGGAGAUCCAGCGUCACGCCCCAAGCCUCGGUUUAGUCGAAACCGCUGUCAGUUAUAGUCAAACGACGAAUACGCCAUGCAUUGCUCCCGGGCUUCGGAAAUUCCCCGUCGUUCUAUGCAUCAGCGACAGCGAGGUGUUGAGACUCACUCUUAAGUGCAAGUCCUACAUUCCUCUUGAAGAGGUUGAGGUUGUCCUGCAGCACUUCGUCGCUGGCAUCGUCAGUGCCGCGUCCAAGUUGAAGAAUGCAGGCGAAUGCAAGCUGUUAGCCUCUGAUCUUAUAUCUGAAGAUGAGCAACGGUUCAUCAUGUCGCAGUCCCUGUCAACACGCACUGCCGAGCCUACGACUAUACCUCAUCUGUUUGAAAAGACCGCCGCUGCCUUCCCUCAGAGAAUCGCAGUUGAGUCGGAAGGCAGGGCACCUGUCACAUUUCUCGAGCUCAAUAGCCAAGCCAAUUUGCUCGCGAGAAGACUCAAGCUGGAAAAGGGAUCCUUCGUACCCAUUCUUGCCGAGAGGUCUGUGGAGCUUGUCAUCGCAGUCCUGGCCGUGCUCAAAUCCGGGGCGGCCUACACCAUUCUGGAUCCCAACACUCCCUCCAGCCGCCUCGAACACAUCGUAGAGGAUCUCAGACCUGCCACUGUCUUAGCUGGCCAUCGAUUUGUCAAUAUGCUCUCCAACACCUUAGAUAUUGAGCACACUCUCUCUUCUCCAGGAGACAAUCUAGCAGCUUCUCCACCUUAUGAGCUGGGUAAUCUUAGCAUCGACAUCCACCCGGAAGACCAUUGCUACGUGAUUUACACCUCUGGAAGCACAGGCAAGCCCAAGGGUGCCGUUCUCACACAUCGUGCGGCUACGAGCGGCAUAGCCUAUCAGUCUCUGAACGGUCUUGAACGGUGGCUUCUAUUCUACAACCCUAGCUUCAGCGCUGCUCAGCGUACCAUCUUGGGAACGCUUAUCCAUGGAGCCACUUUGGUCCUUGCUAGUCAGGAAUCUCUGAAUAGUGACCUUGCCGGUAUCAUCCACAGGUUCUCAGUUGACUCCCUUGGUAUCACUCCAUCCGCUCUGUCGCUUUUGCAGCCUGAUGAGGUGCCUAGUCUCAAGCAAAUCACCUUGGUUGGUGAGCAGAUCUCGCGAGAUCUUGUUGAGAUCUGGUCAGCGCAGAAGGGCCUACGUCUGAGGAAUACCUAUGGGCUUAGCGAGUGUACCCAGCUCAACUUUGGAAAAGAGCUGCAACUGUCACUUGGAGGGACUUUCAACCACCGCUUAGUUGGCUCUCCGACCGAUACUACAGAUGCGUUUGUUCUAGGUCAAGAUGAAGAUCAACUUGCGCCUCUCCUUAUUGCGGGCGAGCUUUGUCUAGCUGGUCCACAGCUCGCUGAAGGCUACCACAACGAGACAGCGCUCACAGCGCGCUCCUUUGUCGACAACCCAUUUGGUACCGGCAGGCUCUAUCGAACUGGCGAUAAAGCCCGUCGACUUGCUGAUGGUCAGAUUGAGAUCUUGGGGCGGGCUGAUAUGCAAGUCAAGAUCAAUGGCCAGAAGGUUGAUCCCUCAGAAAUUGAUCGGCUAUUGCGCUCUGUCGAUGCCAUUGCCGCAUCCGGCACUCUUGGCAUCAGUUUGAAUGAUGAUCGCAAAGCCCUGGCUUCAGCUCUGGUUCUUUCAGGCGACACCACCUUUAGGAGCUCGGUGGUUUCUGCCAGGGAGCUCUUACACCAGAGCUUGCCUGCCUACAUGGUGCCCAGCAUCUGGUUUCCUGUUGAGAAGAUUCCAAAGAAUGCCAAUGGGAAGAUUGAUUAUCCCUUCCUUCGCAACUCAGCCGAAAAGCUAGGGGCCUCCGGGUUUGCUAGGCUCAUGGAUAUUGGCGACGGCGACGACGACGUGGUUGACGGCGCUUCCAACAAGGCAGAGGCUGCUAUCGCAUCGGCUUGGUCAAGGGUUCUGAACAUCGAGCAAUCAGUCAUCAGACGAUCGCACUCAUUUACAGACUUGGGUGGAUCAUCCAUUGAAGCUAUCAAAGCUGUCUCUAAGCUGCGCAAAGCUGGCUUCUCGGUCGAGCUGAGUGAGCUCCUUGAGGGAGCAUCCCUUCAAAUCGUGGCAGCUCAGUCACAGGUAUUCAGUGCCGAGACCGACGAAAAGCCCGAACCAUUCGUCCUCAUUGCCGACCCGGGUCUUGCUUCCGACUUACAACGUGACGUCAACAUCGUUGACGCUUAUCCUGCCACACCAUUCCAGGAGACUAUGUUGUCAACUUUGAACACGCCAUCCGACCCGUAUACUUACUCACGGGCUUGGGACGUUGCUGCGGUCGACCUUCAGAAGUUGAGAGCCAGUUUUGACAAAGUGUUUCGUUCUCGGGACAUCCUUCGGACGGUAUUUCUUCCACACAAACGAUCCUUCCUACAGAUUAUCCGCGAUGAUCUCUCACUUCCUUGGCACGAGUCUUCGGAACUACUGGAGUCCUUCACUAUGAAGGUCAAGUCUCGCCAGUGGGACUUGGAUGCCCCUCUAUGGGAUGCCACAGUACUUUCUGGCCACGUCCUGGUGGUCACAAUGCAUCACUCACUCUUCGACUACUGGUCUCACAAGUUCCUUUAUGAAGAUGUGGCAACAAACUAUCUGGGUAAAUCCGCUACAGUUCGGCCAGCCUUUAGCAACUUUGUCAGGCAUUUGCACUCCCAAGACAGCGCUACCAGCCAGAGAUUCUGGUCUGAAUAUCUCGAGGGAGCGCAGACCACGAAGCUAAAUCACUCCCCAGGCGAGGAGACCAGCAAGGUUGAAGUUGAACUUGGUUUCAGCGUCAGCCAGCGAUCUCGACAGCUCGGUUCCACGCUUGGUGCAGUCGUCUAUGGUGCCUGGGCUAUCUUGCUUUCCCACCACCUAAGGAGCGACGAUGUCACAUUUGCAACUACCGUCUCUGGAAGGGAGGUUCCCGUAGUUGACAUAAAUGAGAUCGACGGUCCGACCAUGACCUCGGUGCCACAACGCAUCAAAGCAGAUCCCGACUCCACCAUCAGAGAUUACUUGAAGGGGACUUUGUCAGGAUUCGCGCAGCUCCUCAGACAUUCACAACUUGGCGUUGUUGGCGCCCUGCGUGCUGGAAAUCUUCCCAGCCAGGCCUUUGACACACUCGUCAACAUUCUCGUCAGCCAGAGCGAUGCGGGGGGUGCUUCUAAGCAAAACGCCGAAGAAGUCUUCCGUGUACAUGGUCGUCGACCUCAAUGGGCGUCUGGUUCUGAUACCACUGUUCUUGAAGUAGAGGAAGCGACUGCUACAACCGUCAUUCGUUUGGCCAGUACCAUGGAACCUCGCAGGCUUCACUUCAUCAAAGACUCGUUUGUUCACAUCAUCAAUGUCUUGCUGAGUCAACCAGACAUGAAGCUCGCGUCGGUCUCAGUCAUGGAUUACGCAGAGACUGACUAUGUCUCCAACACGCUCUCCAACCGCACAGGUCUUCGAGUCCCUGAGGCAGAACUUCUUCAUAGUGCAUUCGAGAGGGUCGCAACCAGCACUCCGGACACUAUUGCCAUUGACUUUGACGGGAAAGAGAUCGUGUCGUAUGCAUUGCUGGACAAGCUUUCGAAUCGAUUCGCUCACACUCUCAUUGCUCAUGGCGUCUCUACCGGACACCUGGUGCCUCUGAUGCUUGAGAAGUCAGUCGACAUGAUGGUUGCCAUUCUAGGCGUCAUGAAGGCGGGAGGAGCGUAUGUCCCUCUGAGUCCAGAUAAUCCGAACGAAAGGAACGGCUUUGUGGUUUCCGACACAAAAGCCAAGCUCCUCGUGGUCCAUCCGCAGCAUGCUGAAUUCGGAGCCUACGUCAAGCAACUCUACGGCAUUGAGUCACUGGCCAUGCCAAGUCACGAAACGCUUAGCACCGUCUCGAGCGAUGGAUCCGAUGCCAACAUUGCGCCGAUAACACGCACGACACCCGACAAUCUUGCUUACAUGAUCUACACAUCUGGCAGCACUGGCAUGCCCAAGGGCGUCAUGGUACCUCACCGAGCGGCCGCGGCUGCAGUCACCAGCAUGGCACAAGUGGAAGGCCGAUUUGAGGGCACCUGGCGGACUCUGCAGUUCGCCAACUACGUCUUCGACGCAUCGGUUCAAGACUUCUUCAACACUCUCAGCACUGGUGGAACACUCUGUAUGGCGCCGACCGAAACUUUACUUUCCGACAUUGCUGGGUGCAUCAACCGGAUGGAUGUUAGGCAGGCAAUCAUCACGCCAACGGUCGCGAAGCUCUUCAGUCCAGAAGAUGUGCCAGGCUUCGAGACUCUGAUCGUGGGUGGUGAACCUCUGACACCAGAUGUUGUUGAGGUUUGGAGCCCUCACUGCAAAAUCUUGAACGUUUACGGUCCGACAGAGACAUCCAUGGUGGUGACGACCAAGAGCAUCGAGGCGUCAUCAGGUGUUACCACUCAUCGUAUUGGCAACAUUGGAGCUCCUUUCUCAACCGUCAUGGCUUUCAUCCUUAGCCCAGAUGGUGAGACUUUGGUGCCGUACGGCGCUGUUGGCGAGCUGUGCAUCGCAGGGCCACAAGUGACCGACGGCUACUUGAACAAGCUGGACUUGACAGAGGCCGCGUACGUCGAUAGCGACUCCCUUGGUGCGCGCAUCUAUCGUACAGGAGAUCUAGCGCGCUGGCUUCCCGAGGGUGAGAUCGAGUGUCUCGGAAGAAAGGACAACCAGGUCAAGGUCCAUGGCCAUCGCAUCGAACUUGGAGAGGUCGAAAACUCAAUCCGCCGUUCCGGACUGGUCAAGGAUACAGUGGCAUUGGCCGCGACCAUCCAAGGCAAGGCUCAUCUUAUCGCAUUCUGCAUCUUUGACGAAGCUUCUGCAGCUGUUGGCCCAACUGGUGUUCAAGAUCCGUCAACUUUCCGAGGCUCUCUUGCUGAACUGCGCGAGAAUCUUAGUUCACUGGCGACCUACAUGGUUCCGAAGUUCGUUGUUCCAAUGAACGCUUUCCCCAAGCUUCCCUCGCGCAAAGUCGACCGCAAGGCACUCAAAGUGCUAGCCAACGAGCUCGACCGGGAGUACCUGGCGCAGUCUGUGCUAGAGACUCCUGGCGAAAAUCACCAAGUUGUCCCAGUCGAGACACCAUCAGAAGGGAUCCUGGAGCUCAUCUGGGCUGAAAUCUUCAGCAUCCCUCAGAGUGGUAUCGGGCGUGAAGCGAACUUCUUUACGCUUGGGGGUGAUUCGAUUUCCGCCAUCAGCCUCACGGGCCAGUUGCGACGAGUAGGCUACUCGCUGACGGUGCUUGAUAUCCUCAAGACCCCCAAGUUGAAGGAUAUGGCUUCCACUCUGCGCAAGAUAGAAGCACGCGGUGAGGUGGUCGAGCGCUCCUUCGAGAUCCCUCCGUCAAUCAAGGUAGCUGCCCAGGAAGUUGGGAUAGCAUGGGAUACAGAUGUUGAUCAUGUGUACCCAUGCCCUCCCGGUCAAGCCGAGUUUCUCAAACAGGGCAGCCGAGAGUCGCAAAUGUGGGCGCUGCAGACUGUCCGACGUAUGACGGCGGACGUUGAUCCGGAUACGUGGAUUGAAGCAACGACUCGACUCACUGAACUCAACGAAAUUCUGCGGACGACUUGGAUUGAUACACCCGAAGCUGGCUGGGUCGGAGUUGUACUUCAUGGCUCCGAGCUAAAUGUUACCAAGGUGACCUUGGACUCCGAGUCAGAGUCUUCGAGCUUCAUUGAAGAGUUUUGGCAGACUCGUUUUGAGUUUGGUCGUCCCUUCAUCAAAUAUGCUGCCAUAACCCAUAGCGAUGCAUCUUGGGAUCUCGUCAUCAAGAUGGAUCACGCGGUUUACGACGGCACUUUGCUUCGUGUGUUCGAUGACCACUUUGGCGCCAUUCUUCGGGGCGAAAUCAUACCGCCACCAGUGGAGUUCCGCGACUUCUCUCAGCAUGUCUUUGCGGAAGACAAGACAGCUAGCCUUGGGUACUGGAAAGCAAAGAUGGAUGGGCUAGGGCCUUUCAAUCAGCAGCUGCAUGGCCGAGAUCUUGCUAAGGCCCCAUCGCCAAAGAUCACUGCCAGCUUACGAAGAGAGAUUGUGACGACAGACAUCGACCAAGCAGCUUCUCGCCUUGGAGUCACUCCGAGCAUCGUCUUUCAAGGAGCGUUUUCCCUCUGGCUUGCUGCAGCAACCGAGGCUACGGAUGUCCGCUUUGACUAUUUGCUGAGCGGCCGCAACGUAGCGCUGCCGGAUCCUCAGUCCAUCAACGGAACACUGGCCAACUUCUUGCCAUUCCGAACGCCCGUUGGUCCGAAGGAGUUGGUGCACGACUUCCUCGCGAAGUUACAAGACGACUUUUGGGAUGUAACUGAGAACGGCCUUGUCGGCCUUGACGAUAUUUACGGCGUCGCUGAUCUAUCUCGCGAGACACACGGUAACCGAAUCUUGUUCCUCUCUCAACCGUUUGAGCCGGCAGCCAAGAAUGAUCCGAAUGGCCGCUACCGAUGGCUUGUUAUGGCGAAGUCGAAGGUGCGCAUGUACCAGCCAUACGCGCUGGUCGUCGAGAUGUCCAAGUCGCUAGGUGAUCGUCACAUAUUGAAGGUCAUGUAUGACGACACCAUCUUGGAUCUGUCGGUGGCGGAAAGUAUUGCGGAUGGUAUCGUUGCCUUGGUCGAGGUCCUGACUGAUGCCACCAACGCGAAUCUGGCACUCGAAGAGUUGUGA